AGUCGAUUGUUCGCCGUACGCACACAAACACACACACACGCGCGCAAGCGUACGUACGCGGAACACGUACACACCCGUGUACGCGCACACUUAUCUCCGCACUAUUUACAUUUCGCGCUGUCCUUAUCAGGAAUUCGCUGCUGCGCCGUUUCUGCUCGUCGUACCUACCUGCGCGCGUCGCAAUUUGACGUUUUGCCCGCCGUGUCCGCGUUCCCGUCACCGAACGCACCAUAUCGCGCGGUCAUUAAAUUUUCCGUCAACACCCGUUUACUGCUGCACUCGCGCGUCACCCUUCCGUUGCGUUUCCGGUGCUGUGACCACCACGUUCGCGUUCUCGCCCGUUUCCUUGUCCGGUGUUCAGGCCAUGUUCCGUAGCGACUGACGGCCGCGCCGCUGACGAGAAAACAAAACGAUAAAGGAACAAGUUCGCCGUCGUCCGACCCGUGACUCAUCGUAGCCCGUUGUUGGACGUCCGCUCGUAGCGCCGCCGCGCCCGGUGCCCGUGCCAUCUGCGUGCCGUGCCCGUCCUCGAGUCGUGUCCCGUUUCCGUUCGCCCGCAACCGGCAGUAACUGCUGUCCGUCUUCAUCACCGUCGUGUGUUCUUUCGCUCUUGCCGUGCUCAAAGGUGCUGACCGAAAAUGACUUCUUCUUCGCAGUACUCGUACAUAUUCAAGUACAUCAUAGUCGGAGACAUGGGUGUCGGUAAAUCGUGUUUGCUGCAUCAGUUCACCGAGCAAAAAUUCACCGCCGAUUGCCCCCACACAAUUGGAGUGGAGUUCGGAACGAGAAUCAUUGAGGUGUCUGGUAAAAAGAUAAAACUUCAGAUUUGGGACACAGCAGGACAAGAACGCUUCCGAGCUGUAACAAGGUCUUACUAUCGUGGAGCUGCUGGAGCGCUAAUGGUUUACGAUAUUACCAGACGUUCUUCGUACAACCAUUUGAGUAGUUGGUUGUCUGAUACUCGCAAUCUUACAAAUCCAGGAACUGUGAUUUAUUUAAUUGGAAAUAAGUUAGAUAUGGAAAGUAAUAGAGAUGUGUCUUAUGAAGAAGCCAAACAGUUUGCUGAUGAAAAUGGAUUAAUGUUUUUGGAAGCAAGUGCUAAAACUGGAGAAUAUGUCGAAGAUGCUUUUCUCAAGACUGCUCAGAUAAUUUAUGAGUGCAUCCAAGAUGGAAGAUUAGACUUAAAUGCUGCCGAUUCUGGAGUUCAACAGAAAAUCUUGCAGUGUGAAACUAAUCCCAAUGUAGAAAAAGAUAAAUCUUGUAUGCAAUGCUAAGAGAUCUACUGUAGGAUGGAAUCUUAAUCUUAUUAUAUAUUAUUUUAAUAAAUAAUAUGUGCUAUUUUUCUGUCAUAUAUUAUAAUAAUUUUCAUAACAUUCUUUAUUAGUAGUUAUAUAUUUUAUUGGUUUUAUUUAUAUUGAAUUGUACACAAAUACAUAUUCACCUACUUGAU